AUGCACCUCCUAGCUCUGGCGAUCCUCAUCGGCCUGGUACCCCAGCUGGCUGUCGUCGAUGGUUACGUGCGUUUCUCCGUCGCCCCUGAUGUGUCCAACGAAAUCCACCCGACGAGCCGUUCCAAUCCCAUCGCCAUGCUGCCCGUGGUCCUGGCGCUGGCCACUCCGGCCAUUGUCGUGGCUCUCGGGACGCUGAGGCCCGUACUCCUCGCCCUGGGGCUCAUCUACAUCAUGCUGUUCGGGCUCACUCAGAUGCCCGUCGUUGGAGAUCUGAUGCAAACCGCGUUUCGCGUCAUGGGUUCUGCCCUGACCGACUCCGUGCCUCCCAACGUGGGCCGAGAAUUGCUUCGCGUCGUGGGCCUGGACAGCGAGGCCUGCCGCACCCGCGCCGUCUGCGAGAUCACCGAGGACGCGGUUCGCAAGUACCCGGCGGCCUCCGCCAUGCUGUGGUCCCUGACGGGCGCCUUCCAGGCGCAUAGCAGCGCCGAGAGCAUCCUGAAGGGACUGCUUGGCGGACUCUCCGGCCUAGGCUGCGAGUCCCUCUACUCGACGUGCAGCAAGUCUCCGCUCGAGAAGAUCCUCAAAUCUAGGAAGUAG